AUGUCGGAACAGGCGCUCACCCCUCCGUCGACUUCGGACGGAGACCUCGAGAAACACAUCGCAGAGGACAGCACGUCCCUCGAAGGCGAUCAACAGCCCGUAGACUGGGACGAUCCGCGAGAACUAAGAAACCCGCGAAACUGGAACUCCUUUGUCAAGGUUCUCCAUAUGGCGAUUCCCACCUUCUCGACGUCCAUCACAGUCCCCGCCACCGCCAUCAUAAUGCAAGAAUUUUCCGUCUCCAGGACCCAGUCCAUCCUGCCCCUGACCCUGUAUACCCUCGGCAUCGCAGUAGGCCCCGUCUUCAUCGCGCCGUUCUCCGAGGCUUUCGGCCGGAAGUGGAUCUAUGUUGGAACCUGCACGGCUCUACUUGCCUUCCUGGGCGGUGCCGCAGGCGCCCAAACCUUCUCGGGAUUGCUCGCGUGCCGCUUUCUCGCAGGGGCUCUGGGAUCGGCGGGUAUUGCUGUCGGAGCGGGUACGAUAGCGGAUAUCUGGGGUCUUGGAGGAGGCGCGAGCGCGUCAUUCCUGUUCAUUCUCGGCCCCUUUCUUGGUCCGACAUUGGGGCCGCUUGCUGGGGCUUACAUACUCAAGGACAGAGGGUACGACUGGCGGUGGACGCAGUACGUGCUGCUCAUGGUCGGCGCCCCGGUUUGGGUAGGAACUCUCUUGAUGAGGGAAACGUCCAAGCCCUGGAUCCUGCGGAAGGAAAUGGGUGACUAUCAGGAAAUCACCCUUUCAAGGCUGGCAACCCUCGCAAAGGGAGCAGCUAUGCGGCCUAUCAAGAUGCUUUUCAACGAAGUCAUCGUCUUGUCACUGGCCAUCUAUUCGGCGUUCGCGUAUGCGAUGGUCUUCAGUUACUUUGCCAGCUGUUCCUAUAUUCUUCAGAAGGUGUACCGUUUCACUCUUCAGGAAGUCGGGCUGAGCUUCAUCAGCAUUAUCAUCGGUUACAUUCUAGCCACGGGCAUAUAUGCCGUUAUUGACGCCAGGUUGAGGGCCCCGGCCAUCAAGGCGGGCACGGCGACCCCCGAGCAACGAUUAUAUGCGGCUCUCGUCGGCAGUGUUAUUCUUCCCAUAGGUACGCUUGGGAAGCUCAUGAAGGAGGAAAUUGGGCUGCCCUAG